CUUAGGCAAUAAAAAAUCAACCAGCCAAGAUAAUAAAGUCUAGAUCACUAGAAAUAUUAUCUAUUAAUUAUCCACCAAGUGUAAGCGUGUCACUCGUAACAUCCUUGCCAACAAAAUUUAUAGGAUAGUCCAAGGUUUUGAUAUUGGCUACAUUAUCUACCAUAUUGUUAACACAAUUCUAAGGCACCUCUUGUUUACCAAAAUCCCUCUUAUUCUAUGUAUCAAUUUUUUCUCCUUAUAUUAAUAUUUGGUACAGAUAGGCAGUACUAAUAAAAAAAGAUUAAUGAUCAACUUGAUGGCUUUAAGACAAUUGUAUAAGAACCAAGAGAUAGAUGACAUCCAUUGGAUUCAUAGCAGUUAUAACCCCGCGGAUGCCAUAACGAAGGCAUCCCCAAAUGAAGUUAUGAAAAGGCUAAUGAAGGACAACCAAAUUGAUUUAUGAUUGGAGGGAUGGGUAAAACGUGAAGACAAGUGAUGAAUUUAUAAUCAACUGAAUUGUGAAAAGAAAAUAGAGUAAGUGAUGAUUGUAUAAUGAAGAAUA